CAAGAAUGGAAUUGUGUAGAGAAAAAAGGGGACGCGUUCGUGCGUGUGCAGAUCCAAUCAUCUCCAAUCUUGCAAAUAUUUGCGCGUUGGCCUUAUCUGCCAAUGUAAGCCCUGUCUUCUGUAUAUAUAAGCACGAUAGUAGACUAGCAGCUAGAAGCAUAUGAAAGAAGGGAACCCAAGGAAAAACCAAAAGGUAUGCAUUUGCUUUGGUUUCAUUUUGUGCGCAGAUUCGUAGUUAUCUUGUUCCUCUUACACAUAUGCUCUUUGCCUUUUUUUUCUCUUUCAUGAUCGAGGUGAUGGAUGAACCAAAUCAAUGGAACUCAUCAGAGUCAUUACACCCGGAACCUGAUGAUCACCAGGACGAGUUAGCAUACAUGUACCAGCAAGAUGAGCACGCCGGGAUGCAGCAGGUGUUCCAAGACCCAGACGCACUGCGCCACACGCUGGCCAUGCCCGGUUUCCAGAGGUUUGGGAGUGCCUCGGCAUUGCCGAACCUGUCGUUCGGAGGAGCGGCGGCGGCGGUCAAGAACGAGCAAGGGCAGCCGUCGUUGUCGAGGUCGAGCAUCCUCUCGUUCGGCGCGCGGCCGGCGGCGGCUACAACGCUCAGCUUCUCGGGAGGAGAAGACUGGCCGGACGUCCCCGUCGAAGGGGUGCCGCCGGAGAGGCGGAGCCGGUCGCACUUGAGCACGCUGGAGCACGUCGCCGCCGAGCGCAAGCGGCGUGAGAAGAUGCAGCAGCAGUUCGUGGCGUUGGCCACCAUGGUCCCUGACCUCACCAAGACGGACAAGAUCUCUAUCCUUGGGAGCACCAUCCAGUACGUGAAGCAGCUUGAGAAGAAGGUGAAGACACUAGAGAAUCAAAGCGCAAGGAUAACUGCCUCUGACUCCACCGGCGGCUCAACCGACAGCCAGCAGGCACCAGGUCCCAGUGGGAGCACCCAUGGUGUCGGCAGCUCCAUCCCGACCGUUGAGGCGAGCAUCCAUGAUGACACCGUCCUGCUGAAAAUCUGUUGCGAGAGGAGGAGCGGAGUGUUGGUGAUGAUCAUCUCCGAGCUCGAGAGCUUGGGCCUCUCCAUCAUGAACACCAGCGUCUUCCCGUUCAGUAACUCGUAUUUCAGCAUCACCAUCACUGCCAAGGCAAGGAUACCAUAUUAUAUAUUCCCACGUCCUCAUUAGAUACAUAUGGUUAAGUAACCUAUUUGAUUAUAUUUUUCCAAGGACGUAAUAAUUAUCGUCUUUACAGAAGAUGGUUUUUGCAACUCCAAACUUUUUGGUUUUACAGAUAAUAUUUAACAUGUUUAUGUUUGGUGCAGAUUGGAGAAGGCUUUUCCACGACAGUUGAGCUCGUGAAGAAUCUCACCACGGCUCUCAGAGGUUUCUCUUGAGAAGAAAAGACAGUAGGAAGAGUACCAAGUGAAUGUGAAUGGAGCUACUAUCUUCUUUCUUUAAAGUUACAAUUUUCAUCGUCUAUUUUUCUUUCAAAUGUAACAAAAGUACACCCCCCCUAUUUCAUUAUUUUGUUUUAUUAACGAAAUUUGUUGUACACGUACCAA